GUGACGUGCAGUGAAUGGCGUAGCGUGGUGAUGACAUAUCUGUGAAGGAAGAAAUGGCCGCGCGCCCUACAGCGCCCGGCGAUUGUGGACCAUGUUCGGGGUCGUAGGCGCGCCCGGAGCCGGCGGGCGCACGAGCGGCGGCGGAGCGGGGGCCGCGGGCUCGGCGAGUUGACGACAUGCUAAUCGCGUUCAACAACACAGCCAACCUCACAGACCUGGCGCUCGGCCCAGACCUUCCCACCAGCCCCUACAGCCUCGCCCAGAAGAUUGUCAUUGCCAUCAUCGCCAGCGUCCUCUCAGUGCUCACUGUCGUCGGCAACUCCUUGGUCAUGAUCAGCUUCAAGAUAGACAAGCAGCUGCAGACGAUCAGCAACUACUUCCUUUUUUCGCUGGCGGUUGCCGACUUCGCUGUCGGUCUCAUUUCGAUGCCCCUCUUCACGAUGUUCACAAUUUAUGGCUACUGGCCGCUCGGGCCGCACGUUUGCGACACCUGGCUCGCGCUGGACUAUCUCGCAUCCAACGCGUCAGUGCUCAAUCUCCUUAUCAUAAGUUUCGAUAGGUAUUUCAGUGUUACGAGACCUUUAACGUAUAGGGCUAAAAGGACUACACGCCGCGCCACUGUGAUGAUAGGAGGGGCAUGGGGAUUCAGCUUAUUACUCUGGCCUCCAUGGAUUUAUGCCUGGCCGUAUAUUGAUGGCGAGAGAAAAGUGCCUCCGAAUGAGUGUUACAUCCAGUUUAUAGAGACUAAUCAGUUUAUUACGUUCGGGACGGCUAUUGCGGCGUUUUAUGUGCCAGUGACAGUUAUGUGUAUAUUAUAUUACAAGAUUUGGAGGGAGACGAAAAAGCGACAAAAGGAUUUGCCAAAUCUUCAAGGUGGGAAGAAACACGACUCAUCGAAAAGAUCGAAUUCUAGUGACGAGACACGAGAAAUCGACGCACGCGCCCGCUCGGAGUCUGGUGAUGUGGACUCCGUUUAUCACGUCAGAGGGGCUUUGGAUCCUCGAUGGCGUGAUUUUCAGAGCGGAAAGUGUCAAAGUCGUCUACGCGGUUGGGCAGCAGUAAGGAGCUGGUGCGUGGCGUGGUGGCACUCAGGAAGAGAGGACGUUGAAGACACGGAGCCCGAGGAGGAGCCUUCUGAUCUUGGCUACGCUACUCCUGUAUCUGUGGAAACGCCACUACAGAGUACGGUUUCUAGAUGUACAUCGUUAAAUGUAAUCAGAGAUCCAUUCGCUGGGAGAGGAGGUUCCGGAGGCUCUAACGCUGACGGAGGAGGUACUUCCCCUCUUAGACGAACUUUCGAGGCCCCUGCUAUUCCCAGCGCACGGGAUAGUCGCUCCUUGCCACCAAAUACUAGAAUCAAUACAGCUACCUCACCAGCGCCAAAAUCUGCGUCUGCUGACUCAGUCUACACUAUUGUUAUAAGACUACCAGAUGCAGAUACAGAAAGACCCAGUAUCAAAAUGAUCACGGAAGAAUCUCCACCUACCAACGCGCGAGUAUAUCGCCCUCCAGCAAGAGGUGAUUCCGAACUUAAUCUACAUCCAGCUGGCCAUGCUGGUCUUUCAAGAAGAACGUCUCAUAUACAAGACGUUAGAAUACCCUUAAAUGCCAAAAUUAUACCUAAACAAUUAGCCGGUAAAGGCAUUACAACGAAACAACCGAAGAAGAAAAAGACACAAGAGAAAAAACAAGAAACCAAGGCUGCGAAGACAUUAUCCGCUAUCCUUUUAUCGUUUAUUAUAACGUGGACUCCUUAUAAUAUUCUUGUGCUAUUAAAACCUUUAACGGCGUGUGCUAAGUGUAUCCCGGACGAACUUUGGUCGUUCUUCUACGCUUUGUGUUACAUUAAUUCAACUAUAAAUCCCGUGUGUUAUGCUCUGUGCAAUGCAACGUUUAGAAGAACAUAUGUGAGAAUUUUAACAUGUAAAUGGCAUAAUAGAAAUAGAGAAGCAAUGACUAGAGGAGUGUAUAACUGAGGAAUAUGAAAUUGUUUAUUUUCUUUCUUUAAAAGUAUCAAGAUUCAAAUUGCCCAAUCUUGAUACUUGCUAAUUUAAUAUUUUGUAAAGUUGCUCUAAAUCAUUCAUUCAAUCACAUCAAUGAAAGCAUUUAUUAAAGUACCUGUAUUUUUAUUUCGUUAGUAAGUUUAACGUCCCGUCCAAGAGCAAUUUGUUUCACGUUUUCAUAUUAUUUUAUUAACUAUAUUCUUUUGUUAUAAGAAAGAUGGAUUUGGAGGGAAAGUCAUAAAAUGUUAGGUAGGAAACAUUAAAAGAUCAUUGUAAUAAGUAAUUUAAAUCUAGUCUUCUUUUUCUAGUCGAAUAUUACGGUGUCUCGGUACUGCGUGAGCUUUUAGAGUAAAUGUUGACGAAUUUAGAAGCAAGUAAUUUUUGUAAGUUUUACUACAUUCUUUUAAGUAACGAGGAAGCCAAAUGACCGUAUUUAUUUUAUAUAGAUAGUUCAAAGUUACAUAAAUUUCAUUUUUAACUUAUCAACCAAUGUGCCAACAUGUAUCUACGUUGUACAAAUGCCAAAAGUUAAGAGUUAAGUUAAGAGAGAAGAGAGCCUUGUUUGAUGUUUUAUUUCAUAAAUAUAGGUAUGUAUAUUGUAAGCAAUAAAAUAAUUACUUUAGAUUUGGAGAGAUCUAUCUAUAUCAAUUUGUGACUUUUUCAGUCUGAUACAACGAUAAGAAAUCUUUACGAGCAUUCCAAUAUAGUUCCAUAUAAACGAACUUAUAACGAAACUCAAAUCAAUAGCGUAGUGUAUGUUGUAAUUGAAUAAGUGAUUUCUAUACAUUUUACUAGACCACGCUGGUCGAGUAAAAUGUAUGGUGUUUAAAUGCACUUAGAGGAUAUCAAUAACAAUUGGGAAUUACCGGAAAAAUUAGGCGCUUUUUAAAUGGUUACGUCUAGUAUAAUACAUAAACCUCAUUGUCUUAUACGAUUGUGUAUAUAAAUGUAACAUUUGUUUAUGACAGAAAAUUUUUAAAAUCAGUUUUCAAAAUAUUAAGAAAAAUGAGACAUAAAGCUAAAUGGAUUCAUAUCCAUACCAAUAAGAAGUGGAAUUGGCUCUAAAGAGAUGUGACCUGCAUAUAAGGAUGCUAUGGAUAUCCAUGGGCUAUGAUACCCACGUCUAUGCAUUCCGCAGGCAGCUACCUAAUAUAUGUAAGUAUAUUUUACAAUAUCAUAUUCUUUGCAUAAUAUAAUGGAGUUUAUUAUUAUAACGUAAUUUAUGUAUGCAAUCGUAUCAAGUAGAAUCAGUAAUAAAAAUGAAUUCUAAACAUUGACAAUU